AUGGCUAAGAAAAUGAAGAACAUACGAGAGAGACUAGAUGAAAUAGCAGAAGAAAGGAACAGGUUUCAUUUGAAGGAGAUUGUUAGAGAGAAGAGAAGCAGUGUCCUUGACUGGCGCCAAACAACUUCAAUCAUUACUCAACCUCAAGUCUACGGAAGAGAUGAAGAUAAAGAUAGAAUUGUAGAGUUUUUGGUUGGCGAUGCUUCUGGUUUUGAGGAUUUAUCUAUCUAUGCAAUAGUUGGUCUUGGUGGAUUCGGAAAAACAACACUAGCCCAACAUAUAUUCAAUCAUGAAAGGGUGGUCAACCACUUUGAGCUUAGAAUCUGGGUGUGUGUCUCAGAAGAUUUUAGUCCGAAGAGAAUGACAAAAGCCAUCAUUGAAUCAGCAACUGGCCAUGCUUGUGCAGACAUGGAUCUAGAUCCAUUACAAAGAAAACUUCAAUAUUUUCUAAAAGGAAAAAGGUAUUUGCUAGUGCUGGAUGAUGUAUGGGAUGAUGAACAAGAGAAUUGGCAGAGGUUGAAAUCUGUAUUGGCAUGUGGGGGAAAAGGCACAUCAAUUUUGGUCACCACUCGUCUUCUAAAGGUUGCAGCAAUCAUGGGAACAAUACCACCUCAUGAUUUAUCAAUCCUAUCAGGCACCGAUUGUUGGGAGUUGUUGAAACAAAGAGCCUUUGGACCAAAUGAGGAAGAGAGGGAAGAGCUUGUGGUCAUAGGAAAAGAGAUAGUAAAGAAGUGCGGGGGAGUGCCUCUUGCAGCAAUGGCAUUAGGAAGUCUCUUGCGUUUCAAAAGAGAGAAAAUAGAGUGGCUCAAUGUCAAGGAAAGCAAGCUAUGGAAUUUAAAAGGUGAAGAUUAUGUCAUGCAUUCCUUAAAAUUAAGUUACUUGAAUUUGCCAGUAAAAUUGAGACCAUGUUUUGUCUUGUGUGUAUUAUGUGCACUGUUUCCCAAAGAUGAAAUAAUAGACAAGAAGUUUUUGAUUGAUCUUUGGAUGGCUAAUGGUUUCAUUUCAUCCAAUGGAAUGCUGGAAGCAGAAGAUAUUGGCAAUGAGGUGUGGAAUGAGUUAUAUUGGAGAUCAUUUUUUCAAGAUAUUAAGGUAGAUGAAUUUGGUGAAAUUGAAAAUUUUAAAAUGCACGACCUUUUUCAUGAUCUUGCUCAAUCUAUUGCAGAAGAGGUUAGUGGUUGUAUUACAAAACCAAGCCUAUCUAAAAGAAUCUGCCUGUGA